GACCACAAUCGGUUGUUGAUCGAAUCGCACAGCUCAAGUUGUGAUUUGGAUCGCAAUAAAUUGCUGGGAAAACGAUAUUUGAAUUGAUACCAGAGACAUGGAACGAUGUCAUUUAAGGAAUUAAGACAAGCAUACUCGGAGUACAUUGUGAUUUUUAUUUUUUCUGGAAAUUUAAUGGGAUAAUUUCAACUUACAAGGUGUGAUCGCAAACGGCUUCGUGUGUUUGACUUUGAGCGCCGCACCUACACUGGGCUGGGGCCAUUGCUCAAGUACAGCGCACGGCUGAGCUGGGGCAGCAAUCACCAAUCUUUCCAGCCUCCGCAGCUUGCGGGCCAACCGUGGGCAGUAAAGAUUCCAGUUCAGAUUCUACUCCCUGAAUAACAUGGCUGCCGACUCAAAUACUGUUUUGGCACAGAACCACGGUGACACUCUCGGGACCUAUGUGGAGCAGUAUGGAGGUCAUGAUAUCCUGGAUCUCUCUGAUGCCAGCUUCCAGCAGAAGCUGGAGCAGAUCAAGGACCAGAUUAAGAAGGAGAUCCGCAAGGAGCUCAAGAUUAAGGAGGGCGCAGAGAACAUGCGCAAGGUGACUACCGAUAAGAAGAGCUUGGCCAAUGUCAACAACAUGGUGAAGCAGGCCAAUGCAAGACUGCAGGAGCUGCAGCAGGAACUCAAUGAACUCAAUGCAAGGAUCGUUGUCAACACAGAGGAUAUGACACCUUCAGGAAAGUAAACAAGUUGGACUUACAGUGCACACAAUCUGCGUUGCCAGUUAUGCUAUGUCAACGUCGCCCAAGCCUAGCCUAAAGGUACGGCACCGACGUGGACGAGAUCGGUCUUGUCUGCCGUGUUGCAUUCAAUUUUACCUCGAACCGGCCUAUUCUUUUGUCGAUAGUUGUCGAUAUUGGUAAGAUAUUUUUACCAAUAUAUCAGCAGAUAAUUUUCUUACUGAUAGCACUAUUUUGCGAUCCGAUUUGAAAAAAAAAAUAAUAGCAUUUUAUGUGAACACUCCAACAAAUGAAAUCUUAGCGAUCAGAGAUAAGAAUAGUGGUAGGACUGGGACUACUGAAAUCAAAAUUCAGUCUACAUGAACAUGUAGUUCCAGCCUCCCUGUUCAUGUUGGAAUGAAAGCAAAUUCAGUUCCAAAUUGCAAUGAUGUCAUCAUCGGCUGCGACAUGAAGCUGAUUUGGACUUUACUCCGACAACAGGGCUUGCCGCAAAGCAAACUUAUGAUUUUAUUAUUCCUAAAUUUAUGCCCGAACUACAGAUGAAGCAAAUUUUCUUCUUGGAACUUUCAUACAUGUACUUAAUGCAAAAUUAAAUGCGAUUUAUUAUAAAAUCACGUUGUUUUGGAUCGCAUAGUGUAUGCUGGGCUUUGGAAUUUCCCAUGUGCACUGUAUUUUACAGUUUUGUCCAUGUACAAUGUAAAGUUACAGGGGUGGUUUCUAUACUAUACUAGGAGCCAGGAGGCCAACAUGUAAUUUCGAGUCUUCAGUUCCAAAUCCAUUGAGUAGAGGGUUUUAAAUGCAAGAAGAGAACCUGUUCCUUCAUAUCACAAUAGACUAUAAUCAGUGUCUAUUUUUAGUGCGUUGAUUAGCCAAUGUGUGGCUUAAGUGAUUAGCCUCCAGAUUAAUGAGAUUAAGAAGGCUCUAGCUGAUUACCUAUUGGAUGUCCCCUUCUAGUCCCAUGUACUGUAUACAAUUUGAAUGGAGCUGGUUUUCAGUUUUUUGGAAGCAUGUACACCAUUAAACUUCUAAAAAGCACUCUUUUGAGCGGGAAUGAACUUAUUUUAUACCUACAUGUACUCAGGGCUCCACACUUACCCUUUUUCCUACUGGUCCAACCUGUUUAUGUCGGACCAGUAGAUACCCAGUUUUUCCAUUUUUUACCGGUCCAACCCUAAAAUUUACUGGCCCCCCCAAAAAAAGAUAAAUAUAAAAAUGUCUUUAAAAAAAAACAAAAAAAAAAACAUAAUUCACAAGAGCCAUUUCUCAAUUUUGGAUAGCCAUUAUUAAAGAUACAUGUACCAGAGCCAUUUUUAUGAUUCACAAAAUAGGAGAAUAUAUUUUUUACUGGUCAUGUCGGACCAGUACAUCUAGCUAUUUCUGAAAAGUUACUGGCCCGACAGCAAUUUCUAUUGGUCUCGGACCGUCGGACCAGUGCCAGUGUUGCGCACUGUGUACAUGUACAUGUACAAAUUAAGUACGGUACUUGAAUCAAAUCACACCAAACAAUCAUUUUUUUUGCACAAUAUCAGAAAUGAAAGUGUGCUUGAUGUAGACAGUUCGUAUAAAUUCAUUUUCCAUUGGUGUUUUGCGGAUAUCCAUACAAGUGAUUUGUUUUAAUUGCAAAGCAUAAUCACCUUAGACCCCUGGUACAUCUGAGAGAUUCCGUACCUCGGGCCGGCCCGGGGCCUACCUCAGGUCGGAAAGAAAUAAGAUGUAAACAUCCCAAACCUACCUCGGGCCACCUUUUAGCGAACCUACCCGAGACCACAUCCAGAGGUAGUCUCGGUUAAGUAUCGGGCUGGCCCCGGUCCACCGAUUCGUAGAUGUAAACACACACAAGCUUUCAAACCUAUCUCGGUCCGUUCUUCAGCUGUCAAAUUACGUCAUAGCGCGCGCUAUCCCCUCCCCAGCCCCGUUGUUCUUCGAAUGUUUUGCGGCAUGCGACAUGUGAAUUGUCAUUGAUAAAGUCUUUGAUUUGAGUGGAAAGAACUAGAAGGAAGCAUUUUAAACGUAUCCUUUUCAAGUCGAUCAUAUCUGCUGGGAUCAUCAGCAUUCUUCCAGAACCCCGGGUAAAGGUAAAGGUUAAGAGUCGUUUCGAAUCUCUCUGGAAAUGAUCGGCACAUGUCCCACCCUGUCAUUUCUGUGUAGCAGCCGACGAGUGUAACGAAAUGUAAACAACUUCAAUUAGCGUGCGCAAAUUAUUCAGAGCGUAGAUCGAGAGCGCCCUUUGGUGUCAGCAAUCGGAUACCGCUCGAAAACCGUACCGAUAGGGGAGGGAAUGAACGCUGUGAUGUAAACAGACCACAUUUCGGACUCGGUCCGUUCGCGAAGCUAAUCCAGUCAAGGUUGCAAGUGGACUCGGUCGGGUCUCGGGUAGGAAACUUUCAGGGGUCUUAGACCUUACUUCCCC